AUGCUCUCCGUUCUCUCCCUUUCGAUCUCAACCCUGCUUCUGUAUACUCCCCCAUCUUCCCCUGUCCUUUCCCUCUCUCGUCUGUGCUCCUCCUCUCUGUGCUUCCCCUCUUCCCUCUUCGCUCGCCUCAGCGGAAUCUCAGUGGCACGCACACAUGAUCCAGCAGCGUCGACAGCCCCAUGCUCAUCCCUUGCCCCCGCUUCAAUCUCACCUUCCUGUGUGUUUGUGCCCUCUCUCGCCUCCCUGUUUCUCUUCUCUUUCAGCUGGACCUCAGCGCUGGACCUCAGUGGCAUGCACACACCCUCCAGCAGCGGCAGUAGCCCCAUGCUCACCCCUCACUCUCCAUUCAAGCUCACCAUCAUGCGUGUGUGUGUUUCCCCCGUCCUUCCGUCUCCCUUUCCUCUUACUCAGCUGGACCUCAGCGGAUUGAGCACACCAUCCAGCAGCGGCGGUAGCCCCAUGCUCACUCCUCGCUUCCCCCCUGAAGCUAACCGGUUUCAAAGGGACGGCGGGGAAGAGAGGGGGGUGGAAGGAGGAACGGGGGGAGGGGGAGAGAAGGUGUUGGCAGGAGGAAUAGGGGGAGGUGGAGAGGGGCCGCUGGCAGGAGGAAUGGGGGGAGAGGGAGAGAGGGGAGGCAGCGAGAGGGGGGCUAUGGGAGUGAGGCCGGAAGAGGGCAAGGAGACAUUGGGAGCGAGGGAGGGAGAGGGCAAGACUGGGCCCCUGGGGGAGAGAGAGCCCUCGCCAGCAGCACAGGUCGUCCACGUGGCACGAACCAGCCCAUCCCUAUCCCCCCCCUCCUUUCGCCCACUCGCUCCUGGCGAGGCAGUAGCGAUGGAAGCAGCAGCAGCUGAUGCCACGAGAACUGCGGCGGAGGAGGAGAGAGAAGCAGCGACCGAGGCAGAAGCUACUGCUGCAGCAGGUGCCGCGGCCAAGCCACCUGUUCCCAGGAUGAGAAGCUUGGGGGCGGUGAGAAGGGCAAAAGGGGGAGGGGAGGGAGCAAGCAAAAGGUAUGAAGGAGUGGACGAACCAGCAUCAGGAACACGAAUGAGCUUUGGUGAAGGUUUUAGAGGAGCAGCAGCAACAGCAGCAGCGGUAACACCACCUGCAUGGCUCACCAGAGCACGUAGUGCCCCCAACAUCCCUACCGCAAACAAAACAGCAGCGAAAAGCGCUCUUGAAGCCCUGGAGAAGCGUGUCCCGACUACGCCACCACUCCCAGCCACGCCCCCUCCGUCUCCUGCUGACGUGGAGAGCCUGGGUGCAUCCGCACCGUUGAGUGUGGGAGCGAUGCAAGUGGGAACAAGUGGUGACGUGGCAAAAGAAGGAGGUGAUGUAGCACGGCUGAGGGCAGUAGCAGAAGAGCUUAUACUGAAGGGGGUGAGUGAGGCAGAGGCGGAGGAGGCUGCAGAGGCGCUGGUGGAGGUGGAGGAUAGGGAGGGAGAAGCAGAAGAACUAUCAGGAAAGAUGAAAGCAAUGGGAUUGACAGAAAUGACAGGAAAGACGAGGAGAAAGACCUUGGAAGGUGCGCCAGGUGCGGAGGGACCACAGACAGGGGAGACUACAGAAGGAGUGGGAGGUGUGGUAGGUGGGAGGGCGAGGGAGGGGAGUGAGAGUGAAGGGUCAGACGAGGUGUUCUAUGAUACCCAGGUGUCAUUCUCUGGGCCGUUGGAUGCUGCAGAGCAGGAGAAUCUGAGGGUGGCCGUGCAGGAAGCCAUCUCAGAGGCUGUGGCAGAGGGAUCGAAGGGGGCGGAAUGGCCUGUGCUUCCGCACGAGGAGACUUCAGAAUCAGAAACUUCAUUAGAAUCACUGCCAUCAUCCCAGCCUCCUGAUGCUGCUGCGCUCCCACUCUCUCCCAUUGUGGCUUCUCCUGUUGAAUCACGUCCUUCACAAUCACCAGAGGCAGCAGCUGCUGCACCCUUUUCCCUCCCACCCACUUCAACUGAGCUGCCUGUUGCUGCUGCUCCUGCUGUUCCUGCUGCAACUGCUCCUGUAGCAAGCGCACGUGCUGCUGCAAGCAUGGCAAAGGACGCUGAAGGAACCAGUAGCCCUGGCGUUAUGGGUGGCAUGGGUGCUCUAAGUGGCUUGGCUGGCAUGGCCGGCGUGGGCGGUAUGAGUGGCGCAAUGGGUGGUACACAUGGUGUGAGGAGGGAGGAGAGCGCAGCCAGUGAAUGGAGCAGCCAGUCACAGGAGGGGUCGCCGCCUGGUGCAAGGAGAAAGCAACUGAGCGAGGUGCAGGAGAUGAUUGAAGAAGGGGAUGACGGGGUAGCAGGGGAGGAGGUGCCUGGUGGUGGUGGUAGAGGUGCUGUUGCAGAGGAGGGAGGGUUACCGGCGAUUGCUCCUACCUCUGCUGCUACUGCUGCAGUGGAGGAGGGAGAGCUGCCUGCUGGUACUACUGCUGCUGCUGAGGAGGGAAAGGUGCUGGGAGAUGGUGGUGCUGCUGCUGCUGCUGCUGAGCCUAAUGCUGCUACUGCUGCGGAGGAGGAGGGAGAGGUGCCUGGUGUUAGUGGUGCUAUUGCUACUGUUGCUGCUGAGGAGAGGAAGGUGCCUGUUGCUUCUGCUGCAGACGAGGGAGAGAUGGCUGAUGUUGCAGAGGCAGCGAAAGAGGUACCAACAAAUGAGGCGCCAACACUUGGCUCCGUGGCUACAGCUAUGCUACCCGCGAAGGUGGUGCGUUUGGUGGGGUUAGAAGGUGGGGUCGAGGCAAGCAAGGGGCGAGAGGGGGAGAAGGAGAUGGCAGAGGCAGAGGAGGAGCAGCGGGAGGAGCAGUCGGGGUGGAAGGGGCUGACGGAGGGGAAGCAGGAGCAGCAGGAUCAGCAGGGAUGGCAGGAGGAGGAGGCGCAGAAACAGAUCGAGCAGCAGAUUGGCCCCAGUGACACUGCUGAAGAGGGAGUGGAAGGAGGAGAGCAAGAGCAGCAGCCUUCUGCCACGGCUGCGCUUGCAGCUGCCAAGCCCCCUCUCUGGCUCUCUCCUACCAGGGGCAUAGAGAGUGGAGCGGGAGCAGCGACCAAGGAGGAACGUGAGGUGCAGCAGCUGCAGCAGCAGAAGUUGCAGGAGAUGCAGGAGAUGCAGGAGACGCAGGAGGAAGAAAAACAGUUUAUGGAAGCUCAAAAUGUAGAAAGUUUCCAAAGUCAUGGAGAAGAAGGGGAUGAAGAAGCUGAAAUGAUAUCUGCUGGGGAGGGUGAAGGUGCCACGAAGGGCCUGCCUGCAGGGAAGCGUGGAGGUGCGACCAAGGAUCUGCACACAAAUUUUUUUGAGAGAAUGAUGCCCGGAGUGGACUGGAGCGGCGUGGCUGCUGAGGAAUCGAGCGGCACUCCCAAGGAGAUAAUGCUCGGUGGAAAGGCAGCAGAGCCGUCUGAAGUGGCAUCCGGCUGGAUUCAUGGGGAGGGAGAGUCCGACAUGCCACUAGGUACCUUUGCUACCCCAGAAGUGGGUAUGUCUGAGGUGCCAGGAGAAAGUGUGUCAGGGAAUUCAGCAAAGCUUGGAGGAGAAACAGGGUGGGCUGGGCUGGCCCGAUGCAGUAGGUCUGAGGAGAGGGGAGGGGAUGUGGCUCAGGAAGGGGGUGUGGUUCAACCAGUGGGAGAAGAGGGGGCUAUGAACGAAUCAGGGGGUGGAUUGGAUGUGAAUGCAUCAGGGGAGCCGGGAGAAAAUGUGACGGGAUGGGGGGAUGAGGAGGUGGAUGAGCCAAUGAGCGUGGAGGAGAGUGCACGGCUGGUGGAAGAAGCACGAGGGGAACUGAGAGGGGCACGGGAGGACAUGGCUAAAGCGUUGGAGAGGCACAUGCAUAUGUUGGCUGCAUGA